CUCCAUUUUGGCUGUUAAACUUUGUGCAUCCUCAGUCUUAAGCUUGAGCUAUACCCUCAUCGUCAUUUAUCCCAGGACUGCUAUGGUUACUGGAGUCUUGGUUCUAGCAAACUGCCCUUACUGACUGUCCGGCUGUAGAUCACAGCAUGCCACAGUGCCUUGAGCCUUCCACCAGAAGCAAGUCAUAAAAGAAAAAGAGCAAAUGAUUAAACUCUGCCUCUGGCCAUGCGUGCUGAAGAUACAUGAGGAAAUGACAUGGAUCUUCCAAAGAGAGAAGUUUGAGCUGUUGAUGUCUGUGACUCAUACUCUCAGAACUAAGGCAAUUAUGAUCUAAGUUCAUCGUGACAAAACAUGGAGAUGAUCAAUACAACUGCUUUGCCAAAUGUCUCAAACAUGGACCUCGACCACUGUGAUGCAUAUUGCAGGACGAUUCUGAUAACACUCUACAGUGUGGUUUUACUGGGAGGCACUAUUGGAACAGUUAUAAUGUCAUGCAUGAUGUUCAAGAGGAAUAGUCAGUCAGUGAUUGCCACCAUCAUCUUCAAUAUCAUGGUGCUGCACUCUAUCCUCCUGGUCAGCCUUCCGUUCCGCCUCAGCUAUUACCUGUCAGUCAUCUGGGAGCUGGGAACCUUUGCCUGCCGAGUGGUUAGCAGCAUCAUAUACUGGCAUAUGUACUUCUCCUUUCUUUUCUAUAUAGUUAUUGUUAUAUUCCGAUUACUCAUCUAUUUUAAAAAACUCCAGACACAACAAUUACAAAAGUACCAUGCAGUAGUCUUAAGCAUAAUUAUUUGGAUGGUGGGUAGCCUUAUUUUUUUGCCAAUAUUUUUUUUACAAUAUGGCACAGAUCCAAGUUACUCAGAAAAACAGAGAUGCUUUGAGUUCUACAGAGAUCUCAGCUGCAGGCAAAUCAUUAUCAUGAACUACUCUAUGAUUGUCAUUAUGAUGACAACGGUUGUCAUCCUUUUUUUGAUACAGAUGGCUGUCAUCCUUCAGCUGGUGAAGGCUCUCUGGCCUGACAUGUGGGCCCAUCAAGAAUAUAGAGCCCAAAUUAAGAGUUUUUUCUUUCUCCUAGUAAUACUCAUCUGUUUCAUACCCCACCAUGCAUUCCGGGUAUACUUUAUUCAAAAUUAUUCAGGGAGAGAAGAUUCUAAGUUAGUUCUUUACAAUGAAAUUUGUAUUGCUUUAACGACUGUCUGUUGCCUGGACAUGCUGUGUUUUAUAGGUGGAGUUAGCCACUAAAUCUUCCUAUGUCACUUGCUUUGUAAUCAGUCUCCCCAUAGGGUGACAAAAUUGUUUUAGUUGACUGGUAUUGCUGUGAUUUCAAGAUUUUUCAAGCUCCUUGCUCUUACACAUCAAAUUUAGAUUGCUCUUUAUCAACAUUGGUUUUCUACAAAAAAAUAAUAAGGAUUGAUUAUUCUCCUUUCUUGAAAGAACAAUUAUCAGGCCCACAUUUACUAUAGUGCGUGUUCAAUCUUUUAGCACAAUACAAAUUGACCACACUAUCCUUUUUUUUUUGUUUUUCCCAAUGUAAUACUGACUUCAGCUAAGGUCAGGUGGUAGUACUCUCCAGAUAUUUGCACUUGCUACAAUGCUCUUUCCCUCCAUUUCUAUUCUUUAAGAUCCAGAGAACUUGAAAGUAGGAACUCAAUAGUUAAAUUGGGCUUUAUUCUUUUUUUUUUUGACGUAUAAUUUUAUUUUAUUUUUAAAUUUUUUUUUUUCUGCAGUUAAAUUGGGCUUUAGAAAAACCUUAAUUUAUUCAACUUGUGAUAGAUGCCUCUUGAAAAUUACUGAUUGCCAGUAAAGCUACAGGCUUUGGUAUUCCGAGGAAAGCCUUAGCUCAAAGACAGUAGUCAAGAGAUUUAGAGGAAUGACUGGAAUUGAUGUGGGUCAAUGCAGAUGCAGACAUAGUAGAAACUCUGUAAGUCGAGGCUACUCCCCAGAUCUACCUUCCAAAACAUGAAUCCAUUAAGAAGGAAAUGAAAUAUGAAAAGGCAAGAAGAAACCGGACUUAGUCAAAGCAUGCCCACAGACUAGUUCAAACCUUUGAGACCAUGGGACUUUUUGUAUGAUUUCUCAAGGCACCCCGUACAACAAAGUAGCGUUACAUAAUUAAAAUUAACACUGGUAUCAGAGAAGCUCAAUAAAAACAACCAAGACAAUCAACUUGAAUUCUACCUGUAUGAUAUAGAAAUUGACAUGCACUACUAGUGAUGUUAUCUUUGAGACUAUAUUUAAUGAACCAUAUAGCUAAAUAAAGCCCUAAGAUACAGGACAAAACUGUGUUUAGUAACCAUGAACCUUUGGGUGAGAUAUUUAUAAUCUCUGUCCUGUUUUUAGUGUUGUAGGGUUCUGAUGAAGCUGAACAAUGUAACAACAUGUGUUAAAUAUUGGAAGAAUGCCUGGCAUGUGGGUCUCAGAAUGAUAUUACUCCUCUUUCCUAAUUCCAUGACAUCUUUUAGCAAGAAAAUUUUAAUAUAGUUCCUCAAAUUACACAAAAUGUUGAUCCAUAUAGCAGUAUAUUUUGAAAUCCUAAGAUGUUAUUGAUCAAUGUUGACCUUAUACUUUAUUAUUAAAUCAAUAAUUAAAUGAAUGCUUAUUACUAUUCUAGCCUAUAAGAAAUUGCCAUUAUUAUUAAUGUAAUCAUUAUACUUCAAAUAUUAUAGUAGAGCUAUUUCAUAAUUCUGUUGUCAUAGAACAAGAUAAACAGCAGUGUACUUGAGUUGCAUUUAAUCAAUGUUUCUAAGGGACAUAGUGUGCCUUAAGUACUAAUCUCAAGAUGAACUGCAAUUGACUUAUUCAGUGCUCAACUUCCUCAUAUACUGGAGUCCAUGAGUUUAUUUUUAAUGUCAUAUGCAGUCCCUUAAAGGGCCUCCAAUGAUCCAUGUCUUCUAAUAUUCAUAUUCUUAUAUAGUCUUCUCCUCCUUCAUUGACUUGUGAAUGGAAUAAAGCAGAGAAAUGGAUGUUAUAUCCAAUGUUAGGUUGUAAAAAAGCUGCAGCUUCCAUCUUGGGCACUCUGUCUCUCUUUCUCUCUCUUGGAUUGCUUCAUUCAGGAGGGACGCCAUGCCACGAAUCAGGCCUAUGGAGAAGCCCAGGUGGCAAAGAAUUGAGGUCUCUUAACAGUCAUGAGAAUGAACUUGGAAACAGAUCUUCUGAGUGGGCAUGGAGUGAGCACAGAAGUAAAUCCUCUCCUGUUGAGCCUCAAGAUGACAGCAGCACUGGUUAGCACAUUGCUUACUGCCUCAAGAGAGAUCCUGAACCCCACCACUUGGCUAAGCUGCUUCUAGAUGGAUGACUUGGAACUAUGAGAUAAUGAAUGCUUGUUUUAAGACUUUAUGUUUUGGGAUAAUAUGCUAUUUUAUGCAGAAAUAGAAAAGUAAAAUGAUAAACCAAUUAUUUAGGUUGUAGAAGACUGCUACAUAAAACCCUGUGCCUGACAUUUACAACCCA